AUGAAGCGGUUUGCGUUGUUAUGGCUGGUUUUAAUGCCAAUAGCAUAUGGGUACCACAUCCUUUGCAUACAGAGUAUGCCGAUGCGUAGUCAUUAUAUUUUAAUGAAAGGAAUUGUAGAUAUACUUCUGGAAGCUGGACAUGAGGUAACAAUGAUAACAACCUAUCCAGACAUAAAACCGGUGAACAAACUAAACUUAAUUGAUAUAAGCGAAGUCAGAAAGAUAAUAGAAGCGAUAGACCUCUCCGACCGCAGUCAAAUGAGAUCUAUAGAUGUAACGGAUAUUAGUCGAAACAUAUCGAGGAUGGUGAUCGAAUCAUCGAAUGUAAAAGACGUUAUAGUAAAUAAUAAUUUUGAUGCAGUUGUGUCUGAAUGGUUUUAUUCAGAUUUGGAAGCCGGUUAUGCUGCAGUGCUGCAAAUACCGUGGAUAGUUUUGUCGAACUCAAUGUCACCUUACAUGGAAUACUUAGUAGAUACUGUCAGAUCAAUACCCAGUAUUCCUCUGACGAUGGACAAGAAGCUCCCCAUGCAAUUUAUAGAAAGAACAAAAAAUACACUUGAAUAUUUGACGAAGUCAUAUGCAAAUUACCUUCAAUUCAUUAAAACGAAUGGAGAUUAUGAGAAAUAUUUUAAACCUCUGGCUGAAGCAAGAAACGUUGCUCUGCCAUCACUGAUGGAGGCCAUUCAUAAUAUUUCCAUACUGCUCGUUAACACUUAUCCAUCUAUGGAACCCACGAAAAGUAUACCGCCAAAUGUAGUCAAUAUUGCUGGUUAUCACUUUGGUAACGUAUCCCCAUUAUCAAAGGACCUCCAGGAAAUAUUGGACAGUUCGAAACGAGGAGUUAUAUACUUCAGUAUGGGUUCUGCCUUGAAAGCUGAUGUUUUUUCAGAUAAAACUAGAUCACAACUAUUGCAAGUUUUCGAAAGUCUUCCUUAUACGGUAUUAUGGAAAUUCGACGACGAUUUACACUUCCUCCCCCAAAACGUACACAUUCGAAAUUGGGUGCCACAGUCAAGCGUUUUAGCCCAUCCAAAUGUAAAACUGUUCAUAACGCACGGUGGCUUACUAAGCACACUAGAGGCAAUUAAUAAUGGUAUACCAAUGAUUGUGAUUCCUGUGUAUGGAGACCAAAUAACCAACGCGGCUAGAUCCGUGGAGCAAGGGAUAGCAAAAAAAGUGAAAUUAUCACCUUUUAUAGCGGAAAAUAUUAGCUCAGCUCUUCACGAAAUGCUUCAAGACGACAGAUAUCACAAACGUGCAAUGGUUGUGUCUACACUCUUCAGAAAUAGACCAGUACCAACUUCCAAAUUGAUCAAACAUUAUGUGGAACUGGCCAUAGAAACCAAAGGAGCGUAUCAUCUAAGGUCACCAGCUCUCCUAUACAAAUGGUACGAGCUCUGGAUGUUGGAUCAACUUGCAGCGUUAUUGCUCUUUAUUUUUACAAGCUAUCUUAUUUUUAAAACUAUUUUAAAAUACUUGACACGAAAGAUUUCUGGGAAAUUUAAAAUACAGUAA